AACCAACGUCAAAUGUUGGGCGCUAUACACACGCUAAGGACUUAUUUAUUUUGUAGUGUCGGACCGGCUGUCGAUUAUGAUAAAUAUGCGGUUAGAUACCACGUAACCAUCGUUUUAAAAAGUCACUAUGGCGACGCACCUCCAGCUUUUUGUUGUCUCGUGCUUCCUUCUCUUCUUAUGGGUGGCGCCCUCUGGAGUCGACGCAUCAUGGGGCGACCAACACCACAUCUUUCGCAACUUCCGACGACACUGCCUGAAUACCAACUGCAGUACUGAGAUCAAAACCAAAGCAUUCAAAGCCAGGCAGCCUUCAUAUCUUCAAUUUCUAGGGUGGGACUGUUGGUCGGAGUGUACCUACGAGAGUAUGUGGUAUCUGACCAAGAAAACCCAGGAAGAGGUCAACAGAGUUCCGCAGUUUUAUGGAAAAUGGCCCUUUGUGAGGUUCUUGGGGAUGCAGGAACCCGCAUCAACGAUAUUCUCCAUCUUGAAUGGUAUCGCCGCAGUCUUCAUGUUAAUUCAAUUUAGAAAAAGGGUACCGCCCAAAGCCCCGAUGUACGAAGCUUGGCACGGCUACUUUGCUGUCGUUAUUAAUGCCUGGUUGUGGUCAACAGUCUUCCACUUCAGGGAUCUCACAUGGACAGAGAAAAUGGACUACAUAUCGGCAUUCUCACUCAUCGUCUCUGGGGUAGUGAUGUUUUUAAUACGAUUGUUUUGUUUGAAAGGCAACUCUAUCAACAUUAAAGUGGCACUCCCUAUAGGUUUACCUGUAGCUGCAUUCUUCUUGAUGCAUGCUUUUUAUCUUGGAUUUACAAAGUUCAGUUACGGCUACAAUAUGAAAGUUAACUUAACAAUAGCAAUUCUUAACUCCGUAUGUUGGAUAGUUUGGUCAAUUUACGUCUGGACCAGGCAACGAUAUGCGUGGAAAGCGUGUAUACCUAUUCUAUUAGGGAAUCUCCUAACACUCCUUGAACUGGGCGACUUCCCUCCGAUAUGGUGGGUGUUCGACGCCCAUUCCCUGUGGCAUGGAGGCACCGCACCUCUUGCCGUUAUCUUUUAUAGUUUCAUCAUUGACGACUGUCUUUACCUCAAUGAGGAGUACACGAAGUCAAAGAGUUUCCAAAGGAAAGGAGUCUGAUUAUUGGGUGGGCGUUUAUACCAAUGUGUUUCUUACCAACCUCUUUCCCGUGAGCAGUGUUCUCCAUCACUCCCCUCGUGUCACUAUUACCAAGACGGGAGUGGGGGACUGGGAUACGUGGCCAUUUCUGAAACCACAGCUUGGGCUUCGGCUUAAGGCCCGGUCACACUGCAGCGAUAAUGACAAAGAUAACGAUAACAAUGCAAAGGGAAUGCAUUCUAUUGGUUGAAUUGCUCCGCCAAGAAUACGCGCACGCUUAUGUAGCCAAUCGAGGGCGUGCUUUGUAAAUGUUCUCAUAUUUGUUAUUGAGGCUCUGUCUUUUUAUUUUAUUAAUUUUUUUUUUUUUUAUUAUUGAUAUUAUUACAUUGUGAAUAAAAGGUCAACCUAGCAUGACAUUUUACAAGAAGAUAAAAUAUACAAAAUCUAAGUAGACAACAAUAAAACAUUAAUUUAAAAUUUUAAAAUGUACCAGUAAAAUUGUAAAAGAACACGGAAAAUGAAAUUAUACACAUUGCAUACAUGUAGAUUUAGCUGCCUCAAAUCUGUAAAAACUAUUUUUAAAUUAAACUUUAAAAAGACUGUAAGCAAAAAUGUACUUUAUCAAAAAGUGAGGGGAAAGAAGAUGGGUGCAAACUAGUAGUCAGAGUGGAAGAAAAUGGAGCGAAUUACUCGGACACCAAACCCUUGUCUGGCAGGAGGGAGGAGAUCAUUUUGUACAAAUCUCAAAAGGCAAGAUCUACAGCAAACCUAGAACAAAUUUUCUCCCCUGCUAAAUUGCAUUCUAAAAAGUCAUAUUCAAAAGGCUUGCCAUUUCUUAACAGGCCUUCAAACAGGCUGACGAAUCCCCAAGCUGUGGUUUCUCAAAAUGGCCUGUAACUGAUAAGCUAUCUCAAUUUCAUGGUGCUGCUUAACACGAAACUUGUGCUAAUUUCGAUAUGGCCUAAUAAACUUUGAUGGUUUGUAAAAAAAAAAAAAAGGCAAAAUUUGAGAGUUUUUAAACUAACCCUUAGUAAUGCAUGAUGGACAUGGCACUUUCACCCAGUUUGAUAUUGUUCAAGAUUGUGUUUUAUAAUGUGUAAAAAGUUAGGUCGUUUUUUAUUUAGCUCGUUCUGGCAUGUACAAUUUCUGCAGAAAGUUUUAUAAUACAAAGAUUUAUUUUAUUUUGGACAACAUAUAUGUAUAAAUUCGAUUUGUUUAUGUAAGCAGGAAACUUUUUUUUUCUUUUUUUCUUCUGGUCUCCUGGGCAAAAAUUGAUAGAGCUGCUUAACGGCAAACUUUUUGCUUACUGCGCGAGUUUCCAUUUCAUAGUGCUGCCAACUGUAACCGUCCAGCGCUACUGCUCAAGUAGAAUACGCAGAAUACGCACACGCUCAUUCAACCAAUAGAAUGCAUUCUCUUUGCGUUGUUAUCGUUCUUGUUAUCGCUGCAGUGGGACCGGGCCUUUACUGUAUGAAAAUGGAUGACAACAGUGCAAAUCCAUGGUGAAGGUGCAAGCUGGCUGCCUAAUUUCCUUGCUAACCGGUGAAAUACACUUUACACCUCAUAUUUGUUACCGCAGCAGCAGUGCUAUAAAAUUCGGCCCUGGUGUUUUGUGUACAUAUAUAUAUAUUUAAACCACAAGGAAACUAGAAUGGUUCGAAUCCCACUCUAGUCAAUUCUUUGUUCAACCCCAAUAAUUAUGUAUAUUUUUGUAGUAGUGUGAAAUGAAAUUGCAAUUCCGGUCAAGUCACUCAUUCAAGGUCAUCUGGCCUUUGUUUUUAACUGGACUUUGUUUCAAACUCCGUACUGGUGAGCGUAUGUUUUCAAAUAGAAGACUGGUUCUAAGCUUCAGUUUUGAAAAAUUGACUAAAUUUUCACAAAACUAGAGCUGUGUAUAGAGUUGCGCUUAGAGGGACCAGCUUUCCUUUGUACCAUAAUUGAUGCACGCCAUUUUCUGUCCAAAUGCAACAUUAUCCAAUGGGUAGACUAGUCUGGCACCCUGUUUUCGCCAAUGUGGGGGGUUUUUUGACACGAAAUUGCAUCUAAUCACAAAAUUCUCUCAAAAUACGGCUCGGCACAAAACUUUCAUGUAACGCCCUCUGUUGUUCCGUAUAAACAUUCUUCAGUUAAACAGAAGAUAAUUUUAUAUGAAAUAUUGUUCGUGGUCUCUACAGUCAACUUUGAAAAUAGUAGAGAAUAACAGAAUGUUAAAUGGAUAGGUAAGUGAAUGCUGCAAUUUGAUCCACAUAUGUAACGCUUAAUUUUUUGUUUCUCUGUUAAGGUGUUCAUAUUUUAUACAAUACAUUGUACAUACAUUCAUCAUGCAAUAUUUAUAGAUUUAAAAAAAUAUUAGUGUAUAGUAGAAUCAUCCGUUGUUUUUAACUUUAGCAGACAUGUUUUGUUUUUUUAAGAAAAAUAUAUCUAAGGAAAGAAGGCACCUUUGUAACUCGUACAUUGACUUUGAACCCUAGUUUGAAUAAUUCUGCGCAAAACUUGUGUGGUAGAAUAUAGAUCACGUGAUCUGUGGCAUCAAAUGUUUACAAGAGAGAGACUUACUGCAGGCUAGUCUUGGCCCAAGACUAUGGUGCUUGAUAUUGGAUAGUGUACUGCGCGCGGUUGACUCGCCAAAGCGCGCCCGCCACGGUAUGAUUUAGUUAACUGGACGGCUUGAAAUCUAGACUAUACUGGCAAGCUACCAUGUUACCAGUUAACUAAAUCAUACCGUGGCGGGCGCGCUUUGGCAAUUCAACCGCGCAUAGUACACUAUCCAAUACCAAGCACCAUAGUCUUGGGCCAAGACUAACUGCGGGCAAGCUUUUUACAUAGCCCAGUGAAAAACAACAUUAAUUCUUAUACAUGUAUUUUUAUGGUGAUUGCACUGUUGAAUUUAAAUCAAAUUUAAAAAGAAGAAAGGGGGGCACAUCUCAAAUUUGUACAGCUCUUUAUUUUAUAUGUCUCAGGAAUUUAUGUGUUGUUAUAAUGCUAACUGUUGCACGCCCAUGUAACCAGUGUAACCUGCUAGGAUGGUACAUGUACAAGUUCACUAUUUUUGUAUGGUCUAUUACGAGCUACGUUGUACUAGCAGGUCAAAGGUCACAAAUCCAUGCACACAAUUUGUUUUUGUGUAAAAUGAGACGGAGGCUUUUAAUAGUUCUUCGUUGGUAUAAGUUAUGUUUUAAAUGUGUCAUAUUACUUGGAGUAAGAAUUUAAGAAAAAUUGAAAGGAAACACCAAAAUAUUGUUCAUCAAGGUCUUCCUAAAUGGUUUGUCCCCUUAAUUGCUUCAGAUGAAGUAGUCGUUGCUACAAAGUCUCAUGGAGUAAGUAAUUCUUUAAGCACUGCCACUAUCUCCCUUCGUUUAUCUAUCAAACUAUCACAAAUAUUUUUUAUUAUUUCCUAAAAUGAGCAGAAGUGUUUUUCAUCAAUAGUUUCUGACAGCUUUUCAAACCAGCUGUUUUCAUCGAAUAUAAGAUUGUUUACAAUAAAACUAGUACAUGUACAAAGAUA